ACAGCUCCCGGCGGGCCGUGGCGGCGGCCGGCGCGGCGUCUGAGUGGCUCGCGGUCCGGGGCUGGCGCCGGGGUAGCGGGAUGUGUGCACGGAGCUCCCGCCGCGUCUCCUGCGCGGGACGGAGUCGCGGGAGCGACGCCGAGGGGGGCUGAGGCCUCCAGCUCGCCGCCCGCAUGGAGAUGAGCAGCGCAGAGACGGCCUCCACCCGGUUCCUCGGCCUCACUCAGCGCUCUAUCUCUGAAGAUCUGGGUUGCAGACGUGGAGAGUUUAGCAGAAAGCAUUACGGAUCUGUGGAACUUCUUAUAUCUAGUGAUGCUGAUGGAGCCAUUCAAAGAGCUGGACGGUUCCGUGUGGAAAAUGGCUCCUCUGGCGAGGAUAGAGACUACACUCCGGGUACAUGGCACAGAACAGAUGUGCAUUUGGAAAACCCUGAGUAUCAUACAAGAUGGUAUUUAAAAUAUUUUUUAGGGAAAGUUCAUCAAAAUUACAUAGGUACUGAUACAGAGAAGAACCCUUUCUUUCUGUCUGUUGUGCUGUCUGACGAAAAUAAUCAGCGUGUUCCUCAAUACCAUUCAAUACUUUGGAGAAAAACAGGUACUCAGAAAAUAUGUCUCCCAUACAGUCCCACAAAAACACUGUCAGUGAAAUCUAUAUUAAGUGCUAUGAGUCUUGACAAAUUUGAAAAGAGCCCAAGGGAAAUUUUUCACCCUGAGAUACAAAAGGAUUUAUUGGUUCUUGAAGAGCAAGAGGGAUCUGUCAACUUCAAAUUUGGAGUCCUUUAUGCUAAGGAUGGGCAGCUUACAGAUGAUGAAAUGUUCAGCAAUGAAACUGGAAGUGAAAGUUUUCAAAGAUUUUUGCAUCUCUUGGGUGACACAAUUACUUUGAAAGGCUGGACAGGAUACAGAGGAGGACUGGACACUAAAAAUGAUACAACAGGAACCUGUUCCAUCUAUACAGUUUUUCAAGGGCAUGAAAUUAUGUUCCAUGUUUCAACCAUGCUACCAUAUUCUAGAGAGAACAAACAGCAGGUAGAAAGGAAGCGGCACAUUGGAAAUGACAUUGUCACUAUCGUGUUUCAGGAAGGCGAAGAGUCUUCUCCGGCAUUCAAGCCUUCCAUGAUUCGCUCGCAUUUUACACAUAUUUUUGCCUUAGUGAGAUAUAAUAAGCAGAACGAUAGUUACAGGCUGAAAAUAUUUUCAGAAGAAAGCGUUCCUCUCUUUGGGCCGCCCCUUCCAUCUCCACCUGUGUUUACAAAUCACCAGGAAUUCAGGGAUUUUGUGUUAGUGAAAUUAAUAAAUGGGGAGAAAGCCACCUUGGAAACGCCAACAUUUUCUCAGAAACGUCAGCGCACUUUAGACAUGCUGAUCCGCUCUUUAUACCAAGACCUGAUACCUGAUCUACACAAGGUAAAUAACAUGCUCAAUAGAAGGUCUUUCAGUGAUGUAUUACCAGAGUCCCCAAAAUCAACACGGAAAAAAGAGGAAGCUCGGCAAGCAGAGUUUGUCCGACUUGGUCAGGCGUUGAAAUUGAAAACCGCUGUGAAAGGAGAUGCCACAGCUAACUUGGCAAGCACAAGCUUUUGUAAAAAGGAGCCUUGGGAAUCUCAAUCUUUCUGCAGUAAUUUUCCUCAUGAGAUUGUGUGUGCAGAUUCUUGGGGUCCAUCCUUGCUGGUUUCUACAGAUGCUGGCAUCUUUUUAAUAGAUGAUGGUCAACCGUCGGUGCAAGUAUUUGAUAAAACUCUCCUAAUAAAGCAGAUGCAUGUGUUGGAAGCUCUGGAUCUUUUAGUUGCCCGAACAGACAAAGGGAAAGACUCCCGUCUUUUUGUCUUCAGACUAAGUGCUAUCCAAAAAGGUAUAGAAACAAAGCAAACGAUAAGAAGCAAAUACGACUGCAGAGAAAAUAAACUGGAGAGAACAAAAGGCUGCCAUUUGUAUGCCAUUAAUACUCACCAUGGCAAUGAACUGAGGAUCAUUGUGGCUAUUCGGAACAAACUACUUCUCGUCACAAAGAAAUACAAUCCAGGCAACCAUUUAACCAGCAGCUCUCCCGUGUCACCAUCUGAAUCUCCAGUAGAGGAGUUCCAGUACAUCCGGGAAAUAUGCCUUUCUGACCCUCCAGUGGUUAUGACAUUGGUGGAUGGACCUACUGGAGACAGUGACAACAUGAUCUGUGUAGCUUAUCGGCACCAGUUUGAUUUAGUUAAUGAGAGUACUGGAGAGUCCUAUAGAUUGCAUCACAUUGAAACAAACAAGGUUAAUUUUGUUGCAGCUAUUGAUGUAUAUGAAGAUGGUGAAGCUGGUCUACUGUUGUGUUAUAACUAUGUUUGCCAGUACAGAAAGGUAUAUCCUUUCAAUGGAGGUUCUCCACUGAUUCAGCCUUCAGCUUAUGACUUCCACUUCAGCUGGAAUCAAGUUCCUUAUGCUGUUGUCUGUGCUUUCCCUUAUAUCCUUGCCUUCACUACUGAUUCCAUUGAGAUCCGAUUAGUGGUGAAUGGGAACUUAGUCCACACAGCAGUUGUGCCCGAGCUUCAACUUGUAGCAUCAAGGUCAGAUAUUUAUUUUAAAGCUACUGCUGCAGUAAGUGGAUCAUCUGACAGCAGCUCUAAGGAAAUGAGUUCAAGGAGUUCUCCUGAAACACUGACAGCUUAUGAAAUGCCAGAAUGUCCUCUUUCCUCUCUAGAAGGUGACGUUCCAUGCAAAAACCUGUACAAAAUUCCUCUCAGUAAUCUGGUUGGGCGAAGCAUUGAACGACCUCUGAAAUCACCUUUGGCUCCCAAGGUCAUCACUGCUACAACAUCCAGUGGCAUUGCCUCUCCUGCAGUUACUCACUCGCUAUCCUUGUCUCGUAUGGAAAUUAAAGAAAUUGCAAGCAGAACACGUAAAGAAUUGCUGGGCCUCUUGGAUGAGCCUAUACCCAAGACAGAAAGUGCACAGAAGGAAAAAAAGGUUCCUCGAAGACAGUCAGACCCCAAGCAGGGAGCAGUAAGAUCAACUAGUAGUGACAGGAUAAUCUCAAGCUCUUUUGAAAGCUAUUCUGAAGGACAUCAUCAUUCCACUAGAUCACAUCCCAACACUUUAGCAAACGGGGAUGAGAGCUCACCAUCUAGCUAUCCAUUUCAACUGAUUUCUUUAUACGAUGAAGACAUCAUUGACUUGAAGUGAAGACAGUCUUAAAUCCUUUCUUCCUUCGUAUUUUCUUACAACUCUGUGAGCUCUAUGAGAAUGUCACAAACACUGCUUCUAGUGGUAAAAUGUGGCUGGAAGAAUUGGUGAUUACUCUUUAUAGAACCCAUGUUGUUCUGGCUAGGUCAGUCUGAUUUGGUCAUGCUUGUAUCUGUGGCAUAGAUAUGUUUUAAUUUCUCAGUUAAUGAAUGGUUACUUUUUGUGGCAUUCUAACGGUAGGUAAUCAAUGAGAGAUUCAGGCUGAAACUGAAACAAAAAGUAUGACAUGUUCUGAGUGGCUUAAAUUUGAAGCAGUUGAAAGAUACUCAGCUAAGUUAAUUGCUGUUAGUAUACUAUCAUGAAUUGUUUUACAGCAGUGCAUGUUGUCUGUGAAGAGGAACUUUAUAAUGCUAAUCGCUCCUUUUGGGUUUUCAGUCUUUAAAAGAAAAAACAACCCAGAAGCAAACAAAACAAAACCAAAACCAAAACAGUCUGUCCUUGAAAUGAUGCAGCUGUGAUGUGGUCACUGAAGAAUCAAGGAUGUUCUGUAAAAAAUUGGGUAAGAUAUGAAGAUGCUGCUUGCUUUGCUCUGGUCCAUCCAUGCACAUUUAUUGCAGAAACCUGAAAACUGUUUUGGCAUUGUGAUUCUUUGAACACAAAGACUUUUUAUAGAAAACACAAACUUUCAAAAUAUUCCUUAAGAAUUGGAAGUAAAAACCAACCAAACUGACUGUAUUUCUCCAGCUACUGGAAAAUUAUUAUUAUAGUGCACCUACAGAUUUUCCCAUUACAGGCAGAAAAGACAGCCACUGAUUUUCUUUCUGACUACACAGAGAUUCCUAUGCAGGCAUCAGCAUCAGCUGUCGUCUGUUCUUGCACCAACAGUGUGAGUCAUUAUUGCAGACAAUAUUUUUCUAACUGGAUCAGGCUGAAGUUUCACUGCUAAGAAGCUAGUUUUCUAUAAUGACAUAAUCAGACCUUUUGCUAUGUUAAAGGACAGAGUUUCAUGUUUAAAGCUUGAUUACUUUUUUUAACCGUUUCCUCUAUGCCAAAAAUUCAACUUUUGGUAAUACUGUGGAAAAGGUUUUGGGUUUUGUAUGUGAAGAUUUUAGCUUUAUUAGCAAAUAUUUCUUGUUCUUGUAUGUAGAAAUACUUCUGUAUUCUUAAUUUUAUUUCAUAAUACCGUUCACGUGUUAUAACAUCAGUUUUUGUCCAAGCGUGACCAUCUGGAGACGUGUACCUUUUGCUUAGGUCUGUCCAAAUGUAAGACUGUUUUUGCAAAAUAUUUUUUGCCCAGUUCAUUGCAUGUGACAGCUGAUUUGCUCCACCUAAGAAAAUAUGCAAGGCCUUAUCUGAAAGAGUUAUUUCUGACUCUCAACUGGAGUGGCUGAUCAAGGAAAGACGCAAUCUUUUCAGCAGUAAUUAAUCUAGGAGCAGAAGCGGUAUUAACCAGUGGCUAUUGUUCUCUUUUCAAGAGAAAAUGUUAUUUUCAGAGAUUCUGUUAAUUUUCCUUGUCCUAUUUAUCUAGGCAGCUAAUGUUUUAAAAAAAAAAAAAAAAAGCUGAUAGUGUCAUGUGCUGCCUGUUCUCCUGGAAGUUGUAAAAAUUGGUGGGCUUUCGAAUCCACUUUAGGAAGCAAUGCUUGCAGUUAAAUAUUUUUAGAAAGCAGAAGCACUACCUUUUUCCAUAAGUGGGUUUCUCAGUGUAGUAUUUAGUUUCUGUUAUCUCUGUGUUUUUGAAGCAGUGUAGCAGUGUGUUGCAAAACCAAGGCUUUAGUUAAAAUACAGUUUUAACUGAAAGCUCUGCUUUGCACUCUUAGGAUAUCAGAUUCUAAAUAUAUUGCAGAUGCUCACCUUUGCUAUUCUAGCAUGAUUUAACAUGGCAGUUUGAUAGAAGUUGAAGCAAUAUACAGAGAUUGUAAAACUUUAAAAUAUCCAACAAGAAUGGGGAAAGCUUGUCAGAAAGCUUGACCACCGGCUGAUGGUAGUCAGGGCGCAUCCAGAUGCAGCAUUUCUGUCAUAAAUGAGAUGUGAAAAAGGAGACAUAAAGCAAGAGUUACUUUCUUUAACUGGAAUCACUGCAAUGUCUAUAAAGUAUUAGUGUGAAGUGUGUGAGUGCGUGCGUGUGUGGAAGAACCUUUGAAGGUCUGUCUGUAACCACAGCAUUGAUGACAUCUAGCAAAUACUAACAGCAAGUAGGAAAUACAGGUUAAAUUUGUUUGCUAAAACUGGAAAACAACAGGUCAGACUAGCUUCAUGGCACUUAUCUGGAACAAGGUGUUGGUAUAGUUGGAAGAGGGAAUCCCAGCAACUGCCCUGUCCCCGCCACCCCCCGCCUGAAUGUUAUGCUAUAUCUUGACAUAUUGGGUCAAAUGCAAGCUGUUACGCAGGUUACAGUGGGAACUACUUGAUCUUGCAGACUAUUACUCAUAUAGGACAGGAAAUGAUCUGAACCCUAGAAAAAAAUUACCUGUCUUCUUUCCUAAUGUAUGUAGUAAGUGCCUUUAAAAGGCUGCAGCUUCUUGAGUUUUUGCUUCUCCGAUUAGUUGGCAUGUCUUGUAGGGACUUAGGGAUAAUACUAGAACUAGCCAAAGAAAUUGAGAGUGAUCUGGUACCGUUAGGUUUGUUUAUAUGACACCUAGAAAUGGCAGCUAAGGCUUUAGGAUCCAUGUGUAUUAGUUUACUACCUACUUACUGUACGAGAGCAGCCUUGAGUAUAGGUAGAAGGCAAAAGACAUGGUAAUGUUCCAAUUUUGUUUGACACGGGCCAAAAAACCCAAAUUCCAUGAGGGUCUUUGUCACCUUUUUUUCUAUCAAAAGACAAAAAUACCACACAAAAUGUGAAAUUGCUGGCACAUAGGGAGCAGUAUCACUUGUACAAGGGUGUGGUUUCUGUGAGCUCUUAACAGUCUCAACAGAGCACUGUGAGUUAUAUGCCUCUUAGUGUAAUGAGUCUGAGCUUCUAGCCAUUGUUUCUCUCAGUCUUAAAUCCCAAACAUUUGGAGUGAUAUUGAAAAACAAUACAAAAGCAACUAGUGGUAUUUAAUAUAUAACCUCUUAUGCGUCAUUUAAAAAAGGGCAAGGUUCUACUUCUAUGCAACCUCUCCUGCUUUGGACUGGUGUUGGAUGAUAAGGCUCAUUGGAAGGGUACUUAGAUAGACAGCUAUAUUGUUCACUCCAGCCUUAGAGCCAUGUUGUUUCUCAUCUGCUUUCCCAGCAUGUGUAUGCAUAUACUUACUAAAACUUAGGAAGUAGUCUCAGGCACAAUGUGUAGCCAUGUCCUCCCUGAGCACAGCUCCUCCUGCUUUCACACCUUAAGUGGAAGCUGCCUUUAGCUUGCAUUCUUGUUAUUGGCUGACCAUCUUACAGAUGAGAGAAGAGAAAAUCUUUUAAUCUACAGCUAUGUAAGAUGGGUAUUUUUCUAAUAUGAAUACUGAAAAAAUCUCACUCCAGAUGGAUGGGAAAAAAAUCCGCCCAUGAAGGAAACUAUCGCCAAGUUGAACCCUUACUACCGAAUGAAGCUCAACUGAAGAAUGAUUUUGGAAUCUUCUAACAGAAAAGUUUCUGAAAGAAAUGUUACCUCAUUCUGGCUGAUAGUAUUGUUACCACUUCAGCACUAUGCCUUAGUCUGACUAAAUUAUAGAAAUGUCAUUUACUUUGGUCCAAGCACUGCAUGGUACAGACAGUUAAUUUAGAAUGUGCUUGUGCCUUUCCAUGAGUAGUGCCACGUGGGUAGAAUCACAGGCUAGUUGAGGCUAAAGGGUCAGCGACUGCAAAUCAACACACCCAUAGACCUCCAUUCAAAGUAGCAUCAGUGUCAGGUUGUUCAGUGCCAUGUUUUGUCAUUUUCAGUCCGUUCAAAAUGUUGAUCUCCUCGUUGUCUUUGUCCUGCAUUUGCAUUACAGCAUGCAUAUAAACCAUCACAGUGCUUUAAGUGUGACUAGGACUCAAGAGCCCCAUGAUGCAUGAGCUCAGUUAAUUCCUUCAUAUGCUAUGCAGCUUUUAAGGCUGAGGCUUUGAUGAGCCCUUCCCAACAUCUGUACAGUUGGUAUUUAGGGACUGUUGCAGACUAAGAAUUAUUUUGUCCAACUCCUUCUUUGACUGGCAAUGUAGUACACAAAUUUUGUAAAUGUCUGAAAGUAACACUUCUUUCUAAGGAGAUAUAAAGACCCAUACGCAAUUUGAAAGGGCCAGAUGCUAAUCGUCCUAGCCAGAGAUCCGGGCUCUAGGUUGAAUAGAUGGUUACUUUCAUUGCCCUGGUUUUCAAGAAACGAGUAGGGCCUGUUCCGAUUCAUGGUUUGGGACUGGGGUGAGGGGCGUUUUCUUUGGUGAUUUGGGUUUUUUGGGGGUGGAGGGGUGAUUUUGGUUAGUGUUGGGUUUGUUUGGUUUUUUGCAAUGCAUACUGUACAGGAUGCGAGUGGCACACGUAACGAACAGCAGGUUUGCUGUCAGCCUUCAUGUGAUUAUUUCUAUACAAGUGCAAGAAUUUGUAAUUGGUAGAUUCAAUUUAAAUUAGAUAUAUAUCUUAAUUUUUUAGUACUAGGCCAGUCAACUGAAUAAAUACUUAAACAAUUCUUAAUAAGGCAGGGGACAGGUAACACCCAUGUGAAGUGUAAUACGUUAAAAACUAGUUACAUAUGGUCAGUAUUGCUGCUCCAGACAUUUACUUUCUUCUGUUCUUUGUAUAGUUGACCAAGCCACAGAUUCAAAUUCACGUGUAUUUUUCUAAAGAUGUGGGUCUUUAACUUGUGAUUGCAGAUGCAGCAGCUGUCCCAGAGCUGUUGGCUUAGUCUGUACUUGAGAUAUAAAAUCCUUUGCAUCUGGUUUUAAAUAUAUAUAUAGAUACACACACAUAUGUAUGUAUAUACAUAUAUAUGUGUAUGUGUUUGUAAUUUGUACCACAAGUUUUAAGUGAUUAAAAAUCUUAGGUAUAUAUAUAUAUAGGCAUCUAAACAAUGUGAUCAUACUUGGGGGGAGAUGGGUUUGAGUGUGUCCCAUCUGCAAGUGUUAAGGUAUUUCACAGUUAUUUUUGUUGCCUUUUGUGUACGACAAUGAGUACCACACUGUUGUCCUUAUUUAAAAAUUUACACCACGGUUCACAUGCGUAGUGCUUGAUAACUCUGUUAAAGGGGUAUUUUCUCAGGCUUACCCUGGUUUUACCCUGAGAAUAGUAUUAACAAUACGGGAAAGCUCAUAUGUCUUCAGCCAACAUCUGUACUUGCAUGCAGGUUAGAAAGUAUUUUUUCUUACUAAUUGAGUACAGCAACUUCACCAGCCUGUAUACUGCCUAGCUGCUCCACUUUGUUGCUGUCCUGGAACUGAGUGACUCCAGUUUGCAGCUGGAAAUCAUAUUUAGCACAUGAGUUGAAGAGAAAAUUUGAGGUAUUAUUUUCUGCUUAUUUAUCUGUAGGUCUGUUAGAUAUUUAUGGGUUGAAUGGAAAAUGUCAUGUGUCUAAGUUUAUGCAAAAAGUGUUAUCAACCUGGAAUGUCAGUUUUAACUAAGUCUUUGAAUGUUAGCAGACUGCUUUGUAAAUUAUUAAUUGCAUAAUAAGGUGUUGCCACGUUUGUGAUCAGAACCUCUUUAUCUACCAUUUGUCUUAAAUGCUGAUGUAUUAAAAUUGUUUUCAAUGUAAUGUAAUAAUGUGUAUGGUUUGUGUUUUUAGAUGUGUUGGUGUCAUGGUUUAAGCCCUAGAAACAGUCCUGUCACAGCUGGAACAGUUGUAAGUGCCAUUUGUCACCAUUCUGAUGGAGUAACAGAAUAUUUGCUCCUUCAUAUGUAAUAAACCAUUAACUUGACCUCGCUUCUUUCUUUCACACGUGCAGACUAAUGGCUUUUCCAAAGUUGGUUCAUCAGACAAGAAAUCAAAAAGACAGAAGGCAGUACAUAAUUAUAUACUGCUCCGGAUUACUGUUUCAUUUGAGUUCUCUAGAAGUUUUGUUUCAAAGAUGUCAUUCACUACAUGCUAUAUCAUACCUGUGAGAGUGGUGUUUGUGUCUUAAGCAUUAACCAUCUUUGGCAAGGACUAUAAUCCAGCAUUGGUUUGUGUUUUGUGGCAUCUGUUAGGCAUUCAGAUACCUGCUGCAGUUUAUGCCUUUACACUACUGAAUAUAGUUGCUUUCCUUUUCUGACUAAGAAUGUAUUCUUGCUGUCUCCAGGACCUCUUAAUCCCCUUUUCAAAAGCAGUGGUCUUUCCAGAAUUCUAAAAUAUGUUCUCUUAAGAGCUAUACCACUUCUUGUGAUUUAAAUGUCUUCCUAUCCAGCUUGACACUAACACCCAUGAAAGCCAGCUAUUCAUCUCCAGUUGGGACCAAGAGUUACACCCUGGUCAGGCAUCCCAGAAGCAGUAGCAGCAACACAAAGGUAAAGUACUGUAGUCUGAAAUGAACAAGAGCUAGGGUCCAUCAUACAUCUAUUCACUGUAACAUGUGCCCUAAAAGAAAAGUGGAAUAAUGAGGUUACAUUUAUUUUUAAAAAAUUUAUAACUUAAUUAACAUUUUAGAAAAGAGAUGCUGGCCAAUAUACUUUCCAUUCUUACCUGGCUGUUACAGUCAAGCUGCGUCAGGUGAAAGAACACAGGAAUCAAAGAAAAAGAGUAGGGCCAAGACCUCCAGGAGAGAGAUUUACUACAGAGAUCAUUUCUUUUGCUGUUUUUUCAUUCUCAGUAUCUGCUGCUUCAGUAAAGAGUGAUGAGCUCUCCCUGGGGAAGAGAGAGCAUAUAGGUACCAAUCACCAGAGCAGACUUGCUCCUGGGACUUAAACACACGAAUGAAUAAACA